AUGUUGAUUACUCCUAGAGUUGACAAUCAGAAAUAUGCUCUAGUUACUGGAGCAUCUAGUGGGAUUGGUUAUGCUUUAGUUAAAGCUUUAUCGAAAAAGGGGUAUAAAGUAUUUGCAUGUUCCCCUAAAUCAGUAUCAUUUUUAAUGAAACCUUUAGCCGAAGAAUAUGGUGCUAUUACAUUUGAAUGUGAUAUAACUAACUUAGAAGAUAUCAAGCAUAGUGCUGAAUUGAUCAAAACUACUACCGGUGGUAAAUUAGAUAUCUUAUAUAACAAUGCAGGGAUCUCUAUAGGGGGACCAGCAAUUGAAAUUGAUGAAGGUCAAUUGGAUAAACUUUUCCAAGUCAAUGUGAUUGGACAUAUCAAUAUGACUAAACACUUAGCACCUUUGGUUAUUAAUGCUAAGGGGACAAUUGUAUUUACAAGUUCGAUAGCAGGUCUUAUCCCAUUGGCUUGGGUUUCGGCUUAUAAUGCUACUAAAGCUGCAAUUAAUAUGUAUGCUAAAACCUUACGUGCAGAAUUACAACCUUUAGGAGUUAAAGUUCAUUCAGUUAUUACUGGAGGUGUUGAUACUGCUAUUUGUGAUAAUAAUCGGGCCACCACUCUUGAUUCUGAUUAUUAUAAUGUUGAUGGAAUAUUUGAAAGUUUGAAUUCUUCAGCCAACAUGUCGAGAAAUAGACGUACAACAGAAGAUCCUGACGUUUAUGCUGAAGGAAUUGUUAAAAAGAUUACCAAUAAAGAUCCGGGUUUUAAUAUCUAUAAAGGUGCUAAAGCUUAUAGUGUUUACCUCGUAUCCCUUUUAUUACCAUUAUUUGUAAUUCAACACGGAAUUGCCUUCCAUUUCAAACAAUUGAAAGUUUGGUAUAACAUGAGAAAAGCUUUGAAAGCUAAAGAAUCCAAGAAAUCUAAAUAG